GCGGAAGCGGGGCCGAGCCGUUCCGGGCCGCGCCGCCGUCACAGGGCACCGUGACCGAGAUGAGCAGCAUGCGCUUCACGGUGGAGGGCCUGCGGGAUGCCAUGAAGUACAUGGUGCAGUCGGAGGGCUUCGACAGGGUGCUCGGCAAGAUGAAACUUCUUUCUGCGAAUCCAGGAAAAGUUGUGUGUGAAUUGAAAGUGGAGGAGGAACAUACCAACAGAGGUGGCACGUUACACGGAGGUUUGACAGCCACACUUGUGGACGUGGUAUCUACAAUUGCAUUGCUGUACACAGAAAGAGCAUUGCCUGGGGUCAGUGUGGACAUGAACAUCACUGCCUUCUGCUUUCCUGCUGGUAAUGUGGGAUUGGAGCUUUCCACUGACACUGUGAUGACCAGGAAAUUUCUGGAAAUGAAAACUUGCACAUAUGAUUAAUUUUGCCUUGCAGCUGUGUAAUGAGAGACCAGCGUUUUAAUUAUUUACACCAUCCUCAUGGUGUAAAUGCCUGCUCAAUUAUAAGAAGCUAAAAUCUCAAGAAAAUACUCUCUGGAGGUGAUCUAAAAUAAUCAAGUAGCAUAGAGUUUAGGAAAUAUGACGGUCAAACAAAACUUAAAGUACUGCAGUGGAGUACUGCUUUCAAUGAACAAUUGAUAUUGGAUAUCAAAUAUAGUUAUAUUCCACUUUGUUUUCCUUUACAGGAAGGAUCUUUUUUAAAAGCUAUCAUGGAAAAAGCUAUUUCAGUUAUGGAAUGAACAGGGAGAAACAGAAGGCUUAUUUAUUUAAAUCACAAGAGGAUCAGCAGCCUCUGGGAGGCUGAGACUCUGCCCCCCUAAAAACUAAUGGGGCUUGUGCAAUAGCAGCAUGAGACAUGAUCAACAUGGUGUUGUGCAUAAAAACGAUCUGGUUGAUGAAGUUACGUAUCCAGCACUUCUACAGUCUCCUGUGCAAACAUAUGAUUAGCGUUUCCUUACCUCAGGUCAGGGCUGGAUCACAUUUCUCCUCAUUCUUUCCCAGCUUUUUGUGGCAGAAUUUCUUCUUACUUCCUGGACAGUGUGUUUUCAGAGCACACCCACACACUUAUGUAAAUAAAACAAAGUCAUGUACUGAAUGGAAAUGGAGUUAAACCAGGGAAGUUCUGAAAGCCUCCCAAAUUUCCAUGGCUUUUCUCUGAUCAGGCUAUGAGAAGCAGUUAAGCUGUGAUAAGGCUCUACACAGAAAUUACCUUCUAGAUAUGUUAUUUGCAGAGAUAUUCUGCAGAAACCAGCCAAACUGACUUAGAAAGGCCACAAGGAGCCUGCAGGGGCUAGAAUAGGACUUGGAGUUGAGCUUGUAUCACAUUUUUGGUACCUAAUUCUUCCUGGUCCAAAAAGGACUUUUCACGAGAACCAAGUGAUGGAUUUCUUUCUAUCCUCCAUUUCUUCAGAGAACAUUACACCAAACUAUCACUGCAGUACUCCAGAGGAGUUCAAGGACUUUAAACAGCAGGGAUUUUCAAGUAGGCAGUUAUAAGGAUAUGUGACUAUUGGUUUUGCUUAAUUCCAUUUGUGAUAAUCUAAAAUAAAGAAAUAGGCUUGGAUUUGUGCUCUGUACAAACCCUUAUUUGUUCAUUUUGUUCUUCA